AUGGCAAAGUGGGGCGAGGGAGACCCACGGUGGCUUGUGGAACAUCGAGACGAUGGCAAAAACGUGAACGGAUGGCACUGGGAAGAGAAAGAUCGCAAAGAGUGGACAAAGACACGAUUGGCGGAGCUCUUUUCCGGGCUGGUGCUUCACGAGGUUGAGGAUGCCGCUGAAGGCGAACCUACCAGGAUCAUAGUGGAGCGACUAAAGGACAUGACAGGCGACGCCUCCAUCACCACGCGCAAAGGCAACAAGCGUUUCGCGGUAUUCGACCUGACUCUGGCAUUGACCUGGGAGGGACUCGUGGCGGGCGGCAGCAGCACGUGUCCGUCAUCGUCCUUUCACCCGAUCAUCCGCAGAGACAGAGGGUUCAGCAUUGGCCACCAACCCAGCGUGGUAAAGGGGGAUAUCCGUGUUGAGGAGGUCCACUCCACGGGGGACGAGGACGACUACGUGUACUCGGUGACGGUGGAGGGCAGCGGAGCGGCGCAGACCAAGCUGAGGUCGCUAGUGGCGAGCGACGCUAUCAGAUCCAAGGUGUACGGCACCAUUGCGCAGUGCGUCCGGGAGCUCCGGGAACAGGCAUGACAUCUGACAUACAUACAUGUGUACAUGUACAGUCUACACCGACCUGUUAUGUUGCCCACGCGGGUGGCUCCUGCGCGAGAGCUUAUGGUGACUCGCAGGCAAAUUCCUCGUUUCCUUUCCGGCUUGCGGUGGGUCCCUCACACCCGUUGCUAUUCUUUGCGCUCAAGAGAGGCCCGAGAGGCCGAACAGUAUUAUAAGAUAAGAAAAGGAAAAAUACUCCGAUGGGGAAGAAAGCCCAAGCGUGAGGUGGUGGCUUCCCAGCAGGAAGCGGCAGAGCAGCCCCCGGUGGUGUUCGGGAGAGUGUGCGAGAUAGACCGUAGAUAUGUCAUCACCACCACCGCCAGGGCUGGAAGAAGGGAAAAGAUAAAGGUGGAAGCAAAAAACAGCUGGAGCGAAGGAGAGGGAGAGGGUGCACCAUACACCGAGGGUAUGCGACAUGUGAGUGAGUGCGAGUGUGUUACUCCUUGAGGUUGCAUGACACGACAUGACAGGACUAGGAGGCUGCCGGAUGGUGGGUGCAUUACAUAUGGAAAUAGAAAGAUCCAGCGGCGCUUUUGGCAUUCGGGUACCUGAGGAUAUCUGUAGGUGACGGACUGGGCGCAACAUUACAUUAGGAGGUUUUGGUGGUGCUGAUGGCUCGCUGGGCAGGGGGCGGCAAAGAAAUAUGUGAGAGGCUGUAGAAAGAGGGUUAGGGGAUUAUAAUUUUUUAUUUCGUGGGUGGUGGUAGUGUAGGGGGUAAUAUGCCAUACGGCCAACCAAGCGAGCGCUAUGUUCUCAUUCCCGCUUUUGUCCCGUUUUGUGACGACUCUUGUGUUCACGGAGGUGGGUGGUUGAAUGGUUGAAGCGACGGGUCGGUCGCUCGUUUUUCGCCUCGCCUUGAUGGAUUGGUGGUUUGAACCCGCGGAGAUAGAACGGCUAUGCUACCUAUCGAUCGUGCAUGCACUGGUAGUCUGAAAAAGCUUCUUAGCAGCUGCUUAUAGGAUGCACCCACAAGUCCGCCUGCCGUUACACGUUAAUCCCGAGGAAGAAAAAAGACUAUCACUGAGGGGGGCAGCACUAGCUUCCCUUACGUUAUCUUUGGGUAGUUGUCCUGGAUUAGGAUGUGGAUGUGCGGUUCAGGUUAUAUAUAGGCAUAUCUCCUGGUGAAGGAGAUGUACGGGUUUCCCUUGGGCCAACAGGGGGGAGGAGGACGGAGGAGGAGCUUUGAACAGACUGUGGAUAGGAGCACCGAUUGGCAAGUUGUAGCUGGCUGAUUGAAAUCCACAAGGGCCUGUUGGCUUGGCGGUUUCACGUAUCCUCCUGCCAAAAGAAGUGUGUUAAGGAGCCAUGGGGAUGCGCAACACGUUGAGCGUGAGGGUGUAUGGUGGAUUGUCGUGGAGAGAGCGUGUGCGUAGUGCUGGGCUUGUAGUUGAUUUCAUUUCGGAUCGUCAAGCUAAGUGGGAAUAUGUCAGUGUGAUGAAUUACGACAAGCUCUAGAGCACUUUGCAGCACGCAUGCGUCUGCUGUCGUAGGUUUUCCCAAUGUUGGUAACCAUGUAAGCAAUCCGAUUAU